CCCUGCAAAAAAGACUCUCUCGUGCAAUCGGGUCGGCAUCGCAAGCAGUACAUUAUGUACUGAGCUAGCGCUACCGGUAAUAUCGGGUACACAAAUGUACGGUGACAGUUACUACACAUACUGUGUAGCGCAGAGUGGAACAGACCUUUGUGUCGGGAAUCUAUUUCCGCUUUUUGUUUUGUGGAUAACAUGUAUUGGACAUGAUUUAAAAUACCACCAUGUGGCAACCGGUGAAUGACAAGGAGAGAAAGUGUGGCAUCGCUAUAUGGAAUUUUGAUGGAAAAGUUGAUCAUGGAUUACCUCUUUCAAUUGGAGAUGCUGUCCACAUCUUGGAAGAAAACAUGGGUUGGUACCGGGGUUAUUGCUCAAAGAAACCCAUGGUAAAGGGUAUUUUUCCAACAUCAUUCAUUCAUAUACGAGAGCCACCAGCAGAUGGAGAGGAAGAACGGCGCCGGAAGGCCAACGAGCCUCUGAUACAGGAAGUGACAUUGGUCCUGCGAGAGUGGCAUGUCAUCUUUGUUGAACGCUUUAUGAAACAUAAAAUGGACUGGUUCAAAGAGCUGAAGAAGAUCAUGCUGGAGGUUAUUAAUCUUAGAAGUCAACUUCUACCAGGGACAAUGACAUUAGGCAUGAGUAAAGAGGUCAAAGGUACAAUCAUGAACAGAGUGGAUUGGGGAAAUUGCAGACUUGAAUUGGAUCUAGUACCGAGUGUAGAUGGUGAAAUCAUAGACAGUAACCAAUGUAGUCUGGUAAAACUACAUCAAGUGCAUCUGAGGAGUGCCCAAGAAACUAAAAUUUCUGCACUGCCGGUCGCAACCUCGGUGCAACCUUUGCUAUCACUUAUUUCAUUGCAAGUACCAGACCCAAGUGCACAGGCACAGACAACAGAACCGGUGGAAGCUUUUGCGCACCAUCUCCAUCUUCAGUUGGUAAACUUUGGGAUCAAUACAGGUGAAGCAGCGGAAGCUUUCUUUGCUCUCUAUGAUGCUAAAGAGGGAACAUUCAUUACAGAGCGGUAUCUAGCCAAGUUCAACAGACAAGGUGCUCCUCUGAAUGUAGAGAAGAUCGGUAACCUAGUCACUAUUUUCACAGAUAUGAGUAACAAGGACAUGGAGAGGGAUCUGUAUCUUACCUGUCAUAUCAUACGAUGUGGGCAGAUGAAACAAGCUAAGCACAUAGACAAGAAAACCAAUAGUCCAAACUAUAGAAGACCCUAUGGAUAUGGAGUCUUGAAGAUCACUCACAUUCUGAAGAUGCCAGAUGAUGAUGGUAGAGAAGGCAAGGAAGAGGUUAUGAAAAUAUAUGUAGCAAAUACAGCUGAUGAGAAGGACUUUGCAUCACUCCAUGAUCAAGUCAUCAGGAAUACAAGUAGAAAGGGCAUGUCUGCAUCUGGCAAUAUAGGUAUCACUGUAAAGCUUCUGAUGCUUCAUGGUCAUCUUGAUAGCCUCAAGAAAGAGAAACAUCUUCUAUUCAACAAAGGUCACAGUGUUACUCAUAAACUAGGAUUCAGUGAUAUCAUCAUGCCAGGUGACUUGCGGAAUGAUCUCUUCAUUGCAUUAGAGAGAGGAGAAUUUUAUGAUAAGAAUGCUGGCAAAAACAUCGAGGUGACCAUGUGUACAUUGGAUGAAAAAUGGAAAAUGAUUUCUUGCAUAUGCCUUGUAGACGAUGAAGCAGCUGAAACUGAAUAUAGAUCAGUGGUGUAUGUUCAUAAUCAAACCCCUCGCUGGAAUGAACUCCUAAGGCUCAAUGUUCCUAUGGACAGCUUCAAAGAUACACACAUUCGCUUUGAGUUCAGACACUGCUCAAAAGAUAGUAAAAGGAGAGAAAAGCGUUUGUUUGCAAUGGCUUUUAUGCCACUCAUGAAGAAAGAUGGUACAGCUGUUGAAGACAGUACACACCAUCUCUAUGUCUAUAAGUGCACAGAUCAUCAUGAUUUCAGAGAUCCUGCCCAAUACCUUCGGCUGCCAUAUUGUUCAGCUGAUAUGGUUUCUAAGGGCAACGCAACAAGCAAUGACAUGUAUGAACUUAACCAAAAAGACACAUUCAUUGUUAAGACAGUCAUAUGCUCAACAAAACUUGUGCAAAACAUAAACCUGCUUGGUUUGUUGAAGUGGAGGCAGCAUCCUGAUAGACUUCAUGCUAUCCUUGAGAAACUUAGCAGUGUCAGUGGUCAAGAUAUUGUCAGGGUACUUCAAGAUAUCCUAGAUGCACUGUUCUCCAUUUUAGAUGAGAGGAGUGACGAAUAUGGACGCCAGAUAUUUGAAUGCCUAGUUCAUAUCAUCAGUGUACUUGGUGAGCAACGUUUCAAGUCUUUCACUACUGUCUUGGAUACUUACAUUGAGAAUCACUUCGUUAGCACAUUAGCCCAUCAGUUCUUGGUACAUUAUCUAAUGAUGUACAUUGACAAGGCAUUGCAACAGAAGGAUCAUCACAUAACAAACAUGCUGGAAGGACUUCAAUAUCUCUUCAAGUUCAUCUUCAGAUCUCAUAUCCUCUACAAAAUGGCUACAGGUGAUGUCCAUGAUGGUGAUAUGCAGGACUCUAUCAGGAAUCUAUUCCAAUCUAUCAAUUGUCUAAUGCAGAGAGAUGAUGACAGACUAGAAAAACAUCAGCUUGUUGUGCUACGGAAGUUCAGUACCAUUUGUAAUGAGCUGAUGGCUAUGUCAAUGUACACUGCACCUGAAGUGAGUCAGUUUACUGCAGACCUGUUGGUGUGUAUACCACAUACAUUGAAGAGAAUGAAUGUUCUACAGAGCAAGUUAGAAUGCAUCAAAGAAGCUGUUAAUAGCACACUCUUCCAGGAAUCAAUGGCAAGGAGAGUACUUCUUCAUCCAUGUCUCACUCAGCUUCAACACCACAUUCAGACUGGAGAUCUACCAGAUUUGUGUAUCUCUAUUGUAGAAGAUGUCUUGAUAUCUCUCCAUACGCUUUCACAGACAGAGAAAGUAGAAGAGGAGAUUAGUCUAGUAAUACAGCACCUCUUCAGAGAGAUUCUUGGUAUGGUUCCAACAUCAGAGAACAUGACUGAUUUACAUUUCAAAAGGAAAACCCGAUGCAUUACCUGUCUUAUGGAGAUGUUACGUCUGAUGAAGGAGCAACAUUAUGUCCAGCUAACAGAUUGCUUCCCAAGCUCACGAUAUAAACAGGAUUUCCUCAAUGGUAUUCUAAUGCUCUUUGCUGAGUGUGUAACAAAAGAUAUCUACUCCAAGGACUGGGCAGCAAUGAGGAUGGUUGUAAACAGGGUCAUUCUUUCAGCAAUCAAGAGGUUCUGUUCAGAUCUCAAUCAAGAUGACAUGAUAAGGAUGAGAUCUCAGUACUUUGAGUUAGCAGUGUACUUCAUCAUUCAACCAGUGCUGCAGUUAGAAAGCUUCACAUCAGCUAAAGAAGAAAGACUCAAAAAGAAGUUUGGUGAUAUGAGAAUUGCAAUGACCAAUGAGUUGAUUGAGAAGUGGAACAGUCUAGGCCCCGACAAGAGUCAGUUCAGUCAUUUGACAAGGAAUUUCUUAGAGGUAACAAUGAUACCUCAUGAUGACAUACGUAAAGCUAGUCUACCACUGAUCUUUGACAUCAUGUGCUCCGAGAUGCAGGAGAAGCCUUCUUUCAUCAAGCUGGAGGAUGAUCUGAUUGACAAGUUAGAUCACAUGGUUUGUGAUCAGAACAAAGGUGAUGAACAAUACACAGUGCUCUUCAACAACACCUUGAGAGAAAAGAUAGCUACGCAGUCUUGGAGGACAGAAGGAGAAGAAUUUGUUGAGAAAGUUACUCGCUUACUAGAGAGACUUAUUGACUAUAGGAAUGUUUGUAACAAAUCGGUAGAGAACCGCUACCUCAAGCUCAGCUGUAUUUAUCAACUCAUGAACUUCUACAAGGAUGAUGAGAGAAGGAAGGACAUCUACAUGAGGUACAUCUAUCAUCUUCAUGAUCUUCAUCUACACGCAGGAGAUUACACUGAAGCUGCUCAUACUCUUCUUAUGUUAGCAAAGACACUGGACUGGACAGACAACUUACUGCCCUCAGACAAGAGACAUGAACAGCAAACUGAAGCUGAACGAAAGACCAAGCUCUAUGGUGAAAUUAUCGAACUGGUGAAGAAAGGACAGGUUUGGGAGUAUGGUAUCCCUCUGUGUAAGGAGUUGGCUAUUCAGUAUGAGACCAAGCAGUUUGACUACAAAAAUCUCAGUGUACAACUGGUGACCCAAGCUCAGUUCUUUGAGAACAUCAGAAACCAACCAAGGCAGCCACCAACCUUCUUUAGGAUCAAAUUCUUUGGUACAUUCCCUAUCCUCAGAAAACAUCGUGAGUAUAUCUACAGAGGUCAACCAUUUGAUCAACCUCAGAUUGUUAUACAGCGAUUCCAGGCAGACUUUCCCCAGGCUAGGGCAUGGACCAGCAAACAACCGCCAACAGAAGAAGAUCUUAUAGCAUAUGAUCAAUACAUUGAAGUGAGAUUAGUGAGUUGUGUUCCUCCUCAACAUCCUCACUUAGAGGGUAAUGUACCUCCAAACAUCCGUCACUUUGCAGAGAGUUAUGAUGUCAGUGUCUUCAGCUUUGACCGCCCUUUCCAUAGAGGGGAGAGGGAUAAGACUCAGGAUUUUAAGACCCUAUGGAUAGAGAGAACAUUCAUGACAACGAGAUCAUCAUUACCAGGUUUGCUGAGCUGGUCUGAAAUUGUCAAGACUGAAGUGGAGGAGAUCCGACCCAUUGCCAAUGCUAUCAAUGUGAUGACAGAGAAGAACACAUCAAUGCAAGUGCAGAUCCAAGGACAUCGUGCUCAUAGAAACUCUAAUAUUAACCCUCUUAGUAUGGUCCUUCAAGGAACAAUUGAUGCAGCUGUACAGGGUGGCAUUAAAGUCUACCAAGAUGUGUUUUUGACUGCUGAGUAUGAGGAGAACAACCCAACAGAUAAGGAUGCUAUCAUUAAGCUCAGGGAACUCAUGGUUGACCAGUUGAAGAUCUUGGAUGAUGGAGUAUUGCUACAUAAGGAAUUAUGUUCAGAAGAACUAAUGGACUUUCAUCUUAACCUGGAGAGAAAACUUGCCAAGCUGAUGAAGGAAUUUGGACUGGGACAACCUAAAGUGUAUUCCAAAGCAAGACCUCCCUCAAGACCUGUGCAGCAACCUCUUCAACAAGUUGCUAACAUCACAUCGGGAACCAAAACGUAUAAAAGAACUACAUCAGAUACAAACUUCCAUCCACCAAGAGACAGACAUGCCAGCAAGUUCUACUGCCAAACACCAGUGGAACCAAUACCGAGUCGUACUAUGCCAGAGGGUGGGGGUACAUUACAGCGUGGUAGAGCAACCAUUGCCACUACCACUCCCAUGUCUGAAGAGGUACAUGAACCCCCUGGUAUGCCUCCUCCUGAUAUGCCGCCACCACUACCACCACCUAAUCUCAGGCAUCAUGUCUCGCAUGUAGAUCACACGGGAUACAUUCGCAUUCUGCCGUCUCGGAAUAGGUCACAAUCUGUCUUUACUGUACUGGAUCAAACUCAUUUAACACAGAAGCAGAGUACGAGGAGAAAGGAUUCCUUGCCAUCACUAUCAUCACUAUCACCUUAUCCAAAUUCAGCAAUACAAGAGUUUGUGACUGAUGUGAAUGAUUCAACAUCAUCAUCAAACCGUACAAGUGAGAGUCCAUCUCUUUCUUCAGCUCGUUUAUCUCAAGAAAGUCAAUCUUCAUCUAUUCAAGAUGAUAGACCAAUACUACCAAAGAAAGGAAGCUCAAGACCAAACUCAUCUGGCUCAGAAUUCUCUGGAGUAACAUCAUCAUCUCGUAUUAGUGAAAGUCCUUCAGUAUCAUCAUUGAUGAGCAGGAUAUCAGCAGACAGUCAAGCUUCAUACCUUGAUGAUCGUCCUCCUCAGCUACCUCCUAGAAAGAUUAGCUCAAGACCGAGCUCAGGGGGGUCAGCUGGAAUCAUCGAUCACAACCGAAUGAGUAGCUCUAGUUCCUGCUCUGGUACAGAUAUAUCUGAAGAGGGUGUAGCUCCCCCUGUCCCUUCCAGAACACAGCAGAUCCCGGCAAAGGACACCAUCCAACAUGGACCUUCGGGAACCGGUAACACCAGUCUCCUCCUCAACUCUCCCUCUGCGGUCCAAACGCCGCCGUCAAAUACAGCAACCAGAGAUAGUGUUCACCCCUCCCCCAAUUCUACCACCACCCCCAGCACACCUGUUGUCUCCACAGCUACCACCCAUGAUACAAGACGUCCCCCCGGAGGAGCUCCCCCUCCCACCGUCCCCAGACAAAGAAAGCCAUCUAAUCUGACCUCUCCUGUACCACUUCCUAAACCCAAUGGUUAUUCUAAUGACUCUCCUGGAGCCAAGUCUGAUGCCACCCCACCACUCCCGAUACGCCCUGAGAAGAAUAAAGCUAAGACACCAACAGCCACUUCACCACCCAUGUCAUUACCUAUUACCCCUGGACCCACAACUCCUAGCAAAGUGACUUCACCUAAUAAGAAUGGAAAUGUUCAAGGGGCACCACCUGUUCCAUUACGACCUGCUAAAAGGAAGGAAUCUUUCAUUAAGGAUAGCAGUGGCACUAGUCUUUGAAAGAGAUGGACUUUAAUUUUCCAUUUGUGCCUUUAUGUGUUGAUCACAUGAUAUAUAGAAUGUAAUAUAUUUUUAGCCUGUUCUUUCUUCUUUUGUAGAGGUUGGUUGAAUUCAAUAAUGAAAGUUAUUGAAUAGACAUGGCAUCUGUACUUUAAGUGAAGUGUUUAUUUAAUCUUAUUAUUCCUGGUAAAAGUAAAUAAAGGGUUUUGUUCAUUGUACUAUACACAUGCAAUCCUGUACAUUAUAUGCAUUAUGUAUAUGAGAGGAUGUGGUAUUGAAAUUCUCGUAUUGAAGAUUAUGAACUUUUCGGUGCUGAUUUUUUGUAAAUUUAUGACUUUAAUUUUAAUAUGAAUUACAUUGUGUCAAAUAGACAUGCCUCCUGUUUACUUUAUCGACAUGUCAUCUUAAAUGGCUACUUAAGUUGUACCAUUGCAACAGUUUCCUUGCCAUCUGUUUUUAAAAAUCACUAUGUUUAAAAAAAUGUUUUCCAUGUUCACUAGAAAGUAAAAUAAUUUUAUGUUUGAAUAAAUAAGAACAAAGUCAACAUUUUUUCUGAUGCACUAGGGGUAAAACCAAGAUUGACAUAUUAUAGCAAUAAAUUAUGGAUUCUAAGAGGAAUGUAUGUUUUCAUUUAUCAAGAGAAAGUAAUCAAUGUUAUUUAUGUAUUGCUGCGAUUAAGAUAGUCAUUAUAACUUUUCGCACACCUUUGACUUUGGCAAAAUAUUGUGUUUUAUUUAAUACAUGACUUUGCAUGUCCAAUGACUUUAGGAUUCAUCCUUUGGGAAGUUCACACAACUAUUCAUAAAGUUGCAAACGAUUGGAUUGUUGCAAGUUUAAUAUGAUUCUCAUCCAUUGCAAUAACAUCAGCUUUAGAUGAAAUCCACAGAUGAUUAAAUUUAAUAUUAACAAUUUCAUCAAUAAAAAAAAAUAUACUUUUGCAAUAAUUCGAGUGAGGUUAUUGGGAAUAAAAUAACUUUUUUUUAUCAUUGGAGAAAACUUCAUCUCACAAUUUUGCAUGUCAUGCAUGAGGAAACACUUGUGAUUGGGUGUAUAAGUCAACUUUUUCAUUAUAUGCAUUCCAUUUUUGUGCCUCCUACUUGCAGUGUGAAAUAUAUUAAUGUUUGCAGGUAGAUUUGAAUCAGAAAUGAUAAUAUACUUUGUAAUUGUACAACACAUAUCAGUUUUAGCUAAAUGGGCUUAGUGUCUUUUGUUGUAGUAUGACAUUUUACCAUUAGUCUUUCUAAAUCUGUGGACCAAGUAAUACUACAAAGCAGACUGACUUCCAAUAUAAUAUCUUCAUAUAAUUUUUGUAUAUUUGUUAUUGAUUUUCUUUUCAUUUCUUUCUUAUGGUUUUCCUUCUUCUUUCACCUUAUAUUUAUGUGCUGCAGAUGUUUCCACUAUCUACUUCCUUAAAAUGUUGAGCAUAAGAUGGUAAAAUAAGUGAUAUAUAUAUAUAAACCAAACUAAUCCAUCAAUUUUGUGCAUGUAGCAUGAUUGUCCAGUAUUUAUUUUUUGUGAAAGUGAUGGUAAUCAGCUAUUAGAUUUGCAUAAGACCACAUACAUUUUACCAUUAGUCUUUCUCUAAUCUGUGGACCAAGUAAUACUACAGUUUUGUUUUCAUUAAAUGAGUUGUGAUUUUGAAAAUAUUCCAAAUUAAUUAAUUGAAUUGAAGUUUUGAUCAUAUCCUGUGAUUUUAUGUAAGAAAGUUUUAUGGUUUACCAAUCUAACUAUACUGACCACUAACCCUACUGUCUAGCAUCAACAUCAUUUUUCCCUUGAAUUGAAUGAUAACAUGUUUUGAGGGGAGUAAGAAUAUUCAGUGAGGUAAACAGGCAAGUCAUGUUUAUCACAUGAAUUUAAAGUACUUUAUGGUAAUUUUUAUCAUGAUAACAUAUGCAAGCUAAUUAACUGUUACCGGUCAAAUUUGAAUAUAAAUGUCACCAUCCCUUUUUUCACAGUUGCAUUUUGUACUAUUUGUAUUGUACCAACCAUCAUGAAUUGAUUGAUCUAUAGUGACUGUUCCAGUAAGAAUCAAAGCUGUAAGAUAUAUCAAACUUUAUAUAAUAUAAUUUGAUUUGAAAAAAGUACACAGUGUUGCAGAUCUGCCAAGUGGUUCUUAUUAACACAAGUCAUAUGCUGCAAAGUUACUAUAUCACAUCUAAAUUAAAUGACUAAGUUUUCAAUCAUGAAAAUGUACAUAUUUUUCACAGAAUAAAACAUGGUUUACCUUAUAUUGAUAUGAUUAUUGGCCAUCUUUCUAUAACGACCACAUUUCUAUUCAUUAGCUGUGUAUUUUUUUCUUCUCAGUGAAAUAUAGGCUUCACAACAAAAUUAUUUUCAUUUCUUUUGACAUGUACAUUGCAUAUAAAUGGUCAAUAAUUUGGGAUAAUGAAUGAUGCAAUUACAUGUAUGUUAGGGCUUUACCACACAUGAAUCUUGAAUCAUCGUUCUGAUAAUGAUUGCAGUUCGUCUUUAGAAUGAUCAGUUCUUUCACACGGUCGCUCGAAAACUGAUUUGAAAUCGAGUUCCUGAGCAAAGGUGGUAUGUGCCCUUGGUCACUUGUCAAUCAAAGCACUACAUCGCAAAUACAAACUUAGAUGAGUGCAUGACAAUUAUACUAUAUAUGGAAGUGCUUGAAAGUCUACGUAAGCUCUGCCCCCCCCCAAAAAAAAAAAGAUGUUUUGGAGGUCAAGCCUUUCACACGCAAAAUUCGAAACGUAAUUCGAGUGAAACUCAACUGGAAUUCACCUCCGGAGUAGUAUUUGAAUUUGUGAUUCUAAUCAUGUUCUAGUUUGGUUUCACACGUGCUAAAAAUUUGUCAUUAGCCUUAUUUUUCACUGGAAUCAUCAUUCAAGUUAUGAUUUUUUUUCCCUACCAUGUGAAAGGGCAGUUAUGCCUUUGAGUGUCUUGUACCAAAUCUUAAUGAAAAUGAAUGCAGAUUGAAACACAACUGACUUCCUGACCAAGCAGCUUCCAUUUAGAUUGAGAAGUUGAUUUGACAUUGAUUACAAAAAUGAGAAUGAAAUUGAGAUUACUGAAUUUUAAAAACAUGUGAUUGAUUUCAUAAAAAAAGGAAAUAAGGAAAUGAUUACUCAAAUUCUCUAAAGAAUUACUAGGAGAGAAAAUUCUCUAAAGAAUUGAUAGGAGAGAAAGUUGUAAAUUGAUUUUUAUUAAUUAAAGUGAUAUUAAAAAUAUUUUUUUUUAUAAAACAGUAUUCAGAAGAGAUGAAAUUUGAUGAAACAAAAUUCUGAAAAGAUGAAAUGGAUGCAGAAAGAAAUCAUUUAAUGUACUUAAUAAUGUUUAAUAUUGUUUGCCUCCGAUGACGCAGCCAUUUUAAUUGUUUGUAAUCCUUUGCGCAAUAUAUGGUUUUGAAUAGACAGAUACAUCUAUCAAGAUAUCAAAUCGUAUCAUAUUUUUUGAUUAAGGAAUCUACCUCUAAAAUGGGAUUCUUAUUUUCUUGGAUAUACUACGGGUGUAUCUAUAUAUAUUUAAUUGUAGGUUGGUAUGAUUUUUAGUUUUGUAUGGAGCAGCAUGGAUAUUGACUUUCAUUCAAUUCAUUUUGCUGUAGGGGAUAUAAGAAUGCAGUAUAGGCUUCAUAUGUUUUGGGGUUAGCAAAUGAAAUACCUUUCAAGGUACACCUACAAUGCUUAAUGUGAAUUCUUUUUCUAUUCAUUCUAGAAAAUAAUAGAAAGAUGGUCAUUAGCUGGAAGUCUUUCUUUGGACAAUUAAUUGGAAUCGUCAUUCAUUUAAAGAAAGUAUGAAUUCCAAGUAAACUUUAAUUCAUAUCCUGAUUCCUGUUACUGGUAUUUAAGCUCAUUUGCUUAACUCUUCUCCAUUAUACAGUAUUUGAAACUGUAGUUUUGACUAUUCAUAUAUUUAUACCACUCUAUUUAUGCAGUAUACUACUAUUAUAACAUUUAUAUUGGUUUGCAAGUUACCGCAUGGAUGUAUUUUAAUAUUUGGAGAUAAAUUGACAAAGGAAGUUAUAAACCAUUUAUGUGAAGUCUUGCCGUUGAUGUUGAUGAUUCUUUAUAGAUGACAUAAUCAUUGUAGACUUUUUAUCCAAGCAUUACCUGUAAAUCAACUUGUAAAGUUUCAUCACUUCUUCUCCUUUUCAAAAAGAAAUAAAUGCAACUAAUAACUGAAAUGUCUUCCAUGCAACAAGCUGAAGUAAUUCUAUCCCAUUUGUUAUUCAGUGAGUUGUACUUAGUAGAUUGAGAUUGAAGAAAUAUACAUUUGUCUACUUAAAAGUGAUACUUAAUUGCCAUAAUAAUUUCAUUUUGGGCUUGUUUCUGAAUUCUUAAAAAAGGUAUUCAAUAGAAAGAAAUCUACAAUACAAGAAGCAUCAUGAGAACAAUUAUAUUGAGGUUAAAUUCUUAUUGUUUUGAAUUGAAUUACUCUAAACAUUAUAAAAUUUUUCUUAUCAUAUUUCAUGUCAUCCCUGCUGAGAUUUAUACAGACUGUUUAUAUUUAUCUGUUACAUGAAUAUCCAUAUUGGCAAUUGUUGAAAUAGUGAAACCUGAGAGCCAUUCUCACAGUUUUUUAAGAAUAAUGAACUGUAAUGUUGGCUCACCAGGUUCAGUGUCAAGGUUUGGAUAUCAGCUCUUAUUUUUCUGCACAUCGUCUAACUUCCUGAAUUACACUAGAAUAUGUAUAUAUCUUAAGAAAUGUUGUAUUUAACAUUUUUAUAUAUUUCUAAUUACAUGUAUGUGCUUCCAAAGUAUUGCAAUAGCAUUUGAUUUCAAGAUGCAAAGUGUUCAUUUCUCAUUAGGAGAUGUUUAUGUUAUGUAGGGCCCACUGGGAGAAUGGAUCAUAAUAGCUGUAGUGGCUACCAGGAGUAAAUAAAAUAUU